GCAAUAUUUCCUAAUAAAAGUGAAAUAAGAGAUGGAAUAUUGUAUAUUUAAUGUUUUAUGACCGUUUUGGUCAAUGUUAAAGUUGUAGAAAGUGAGAGAGAGAAAACCCUAAAGGCACCACCAAAUAGUUCUGGCAGUCUCGUCUCCUUCCUUUGAACAUCGGAGUUUUCACCGACGAAUCGAACCGUCUUUCUCAGAUAAUUAGCGACAAAGAUGGAUGCUUGGGAGGCUGAAGACUUUCAACCAACUCCUGCAAAAGUUGAAUUGAAAAGUAAUUGGGAUGAUGAGGAUGUUGAUGAGAAUGACAUCAAGGACUCUUGGGAGGAGGAGGAUGAUGAAGAAACUACUCCGGCACCUGUAGUAAAGCCUGCUCCAAAGAAAGCAGUAGCAGCAGCAAAAGUUGUUGAAAAGAAGGGUAAAUCUGUUGAAGCUCCAUCAAAGGAAGAACCUCUAGAUCCUAUUGCUGACAAACUUCGGAUGCAGAGGCUUGUGGAGGAAGCUGAUUACCAGGCAACUGCUGAACUAUUUGGAGCAGAGACUGAAGACAAAAGAGUUGAUAUUUUCAUUCCCAAGUCUGAAAGCGAUUUCAUGGAAUAUGCUGAGAUGAUAUCUCGUAAACUUGUACCUUACGAGAAAAGCUUUCACUAUAUUGGCCUACUCAAAGCAGUGGUGAGACUUUCUGUGGCCAAUAUGAAAGCAGCUGAUGUUAAAGAUGUUGCUUCCUCCAUUACUGCAAUAGCAAACGAAAAACUCAAGGCAGAGAAAGAAGCUGCCGCUGGCAAAAAGAAGACAGGUAAAAAGAAACAGCUGCAUGUGGAUAAGCCUGAUGAUGAUCUUGUUUCCGGUCCUUAUGACGCCAUGGACGAUGAUGAUUUCAUGUAAAAGAAAAUGGCUUGGAGAUUGCUCUUACCUCCGUAGGAUAUUGCAACUAAGACGAUGUUUAAAUCAUCGGCGUUUUGAAGCAGCACAAAUUAAACAGAGUUGUCUUUUUCUCAGUUUACCAGGAUUUAUUUUAUGUUUAAUCCUUUUCCCUCUUAACAUUUCUCUUUUGGCUAUGCUUUACAAACUACUAUUUAUAUUAGGUUUUGUUCUAUGUCUCUUGCAAAUCAUCAACAAAAACUCACUCUCUACAUUUCCAUUUGUUCUUUCUGUCUUGAAGACAAAAAGUAUUGCCUAAAACUAUGCUUU